CCGUUGCGAUAAGAUAACUUCUGCAUCAAAUUGCGACGAUGGCUUUUAUAUAAUGGAAAAUUGACACAAGUGCUUACAGUUCCUCAGAUACCACCCAGAUCAAUACAGUGUGAAACUUGUGACCGAUCGGAAUUAGCAGAAUGUGUUCCCUACCAGCUUAUAGUCCUUGCGUGCCGUUUCUAUCUUACAUCCCAGGCGGUGUCAAUGUCGGGACCAGACUCGUCAUCAGAGGGCUAAUGCCAUACUCUGGUGACAGAUUUAAUGUCGAUUUCCAGUGCGGAAGUCAAGUAAUGCAAGAUGAUAUCGCGUUUCAUAUAAGCGUACGACCUUUGGAAUAUGCUAUCGUCCGCAACAGCUUCCAGUACUACAAUUGGUGUAAUGAAGAGCGCUUCGGGUCAUGUCCCAUCGUCCGAGGCCAGCCCUACGAAAUGGAAAUCCACGUCGAAUAUGAUAGGUUCAAUGUGCGGAUUAAUGGAAAUCAUUUCUGUAGCUUCCAACAUCGGAUCCCUAUCCAAAGGAUUUCCCACAUUCGUAUCGCAGGGGAUACUAAUCUCUACUAUGUUGGACAAGAGGGCUAUCCCCAAGGGGUUUACCCUCCACCACCACCACCUUGUCCACCAGUUGUUGUAUCGCCCCCUACUGUUGUAGUAGCUCCUUCUCCUCCACGGAGGCCAGCCAUAGGGGCUGCCGUUGUUGGUGGAUUGAUAGGAGCUGCUGCAGCUUCCAUUGCUAGACCAGGUCAUCAUCACUGGGGGCCACAUCAUCAUCAUCAUCAUCACCACAGGCAUUGGUAGUUACGUCAGCAAAUUGAUAAGGAAAUUAUUCCUCUGUUUAGUAAGCUAAUAUUCUUUAUUGAAUAUUGCCCGUAAUUUAUAAGAUAAUGUAUGGUAUCAGUAUCUAAGCUCUAUAUAUAUUUAUGCGUAUAUAAGUAUUCUAUUAUAGUAACAAUCCUAGAUAAUCCUUUACUUCUAAUAUUUAGUUACGGAAUAAAAGUUUUGUUUAUUAAAACGA